UGACAGCUCGGUUUGAAGCAAUGGUUUUCAGUGCAGCAAGUCACAAUGAUGCGUUGCGUGACGUACGUCAUUGUACUAAAAACGCUGAAGUCGUUCUAAACUUUGAAAAUUUUCAAAGUUGACGUACUGCAACUCAGCGACCAGCAUUGUUGACAGAAUUUCAAAACCACUACUCAGAACCGGAACAAGAAUAAAAUGGCUAGUUUUGAAGAAAAACUAAUCCUAUUAGUUAAGGAAAACCCGUGUUUGUACGCGAAAUCUGCUAAGGACUACCGCAACGUUCAAAAAAAAGAAUCAAUUUGGAAUGCAAUCGCAGUUGAAUUGAAUAAAACAGGUAAAAAAAAUAGUUUUGCUUAUAAAUUGACUAUAAAUAACAUGGAUCUUAUUUCAGUUGAUCAAGUGAAAGCCAGAUGGAGAAGCUUGCGGGAUCGCUUUGGGAGCUUGGCUCGCAAGCAGGCUGACGAGUCUCGAUCAGGAGCAGGAGCCAGUUCCAGCCCGGCGUGGCCUCUAUAUGAAGAACUCUUGUUCCUGGCUACCCAUAUGGAAGCAAGACCGACUUCAUCGAACUAUUCGCAGCCUUGCUCUCAAUCGAGCACUCAGCAAAACUCACAAUCGGAAGCACGACCACCAGCUAUUCUGGAGGAUGAUCUGCCGGACCAUGACGAAACUGCGGCUGAAGAAGAGUACGACACACCAACCCUGUCCAGUACGCCUACAACUUCACGAGCAAAGAAAAGGAAGGCGGAUGUGGUUGAUACGCAGAUGCAGCAUCUCCUGGAAACCGUGCAAGAGCGAGUCGACGGGUGGGGUAUGAAACGUUUGAGGCAUGAACGAUUUGCGCUAUACCUUGCCGAGCAAUUGGAGCAUCUGCCCUUGCAGGUAGCUCGCUCAUUGGAGGUGGAAUUUGUCACGAAGACUAACAGCCUGAUCGACCAGUAUGAAAGUCUUCAGUACGAAUCCAAUGAUGGAGUUGUAUAGUGUACUUGAGUGAUCUUAAACACAUUAAACAAUAAAAAACGAAUGCAAUUGAUACGACUAUGCUGACAUGCACCAUAUCAAACUUCACGCAACACAAGCUCACUGUAAAAAUUGAGAAGAUUCAAAUAGAUCACAUUGACCCUCUAGGUGAUACUCCAGAAACGUGGUUCUUCCGGGAAAGUGAUUGGUAUUUAAAUAUGACAUGCGACAUAACACACAUCAUGAUGAUGAUGCAUCAUGAUUUACACAUCAUGACUUUGCAAAUCAAAUGGAAAUAUUCUGGAAAUCGAGAUCAUCCCGAAACGUGGCCACUUUUUUAAGUGAUUUUUAAACCUGAACAUGCAAGUCAACAAACAUGCAAGUAUUCCUCCAGGAGUUGCUUGGUAAUUCCUCCAGGAGUUCCUUCCAGAAAUUCCUUCAGGAGUCGCAUGGGAAUGCCUUCAGGAGUUCCUGGGGAAUACUUCCAGAAGUUCCU